CAAACUACAUACCAGUCUUCUGAAAGCUGCAGCAAUGGUCACAUUUUCUCCUACAAACUAACAGAGAAAAAGAUUGAGUGAGUGAUAGAGUGAGAGAGAGAGAGAGAUGGCUUGUGUUGCUUUAGCUUCUCUCAUGGCAACAAUUGAGCAUGAGUUUCUAAAACCCAUACCAGGAAUCCCUCUUCAAGAUCAUCAGGCACCAGCCCAAUCUUUGUAUAAAAGGAUUUCUUCUUUGCAAUCCUUUCUAGAUGAAUCCAGUGGUAGUGGUGGCGCCGCAAUCAAAGAUUUGGAAAUCAGAAUCCGAGAUUUUGCACUCAAAGUGGAAGACGACAUGGAAAUACAACUCAGCAACUUUCUUCUGGCCAAAAGCAGAAAGUCUCCGACGAGAAAAGCUUCCCGGGAACUCCAUAAAACCCUGAAAAUAGCCGCAGGAAACGCUGCAGAGUUGAUGGAUAUUCUCCACAGCAUAAUCAAGGAAGCUGAUGAAACUCAACCCUCAAUUCGUUGGCUAAAACAUGGAGCCUCUGCAGAGCCACUGGGCAAAAUGGUGGGUCGUCAACGUGAUCGCAGAGAGAUAAUCAAUCAGCUCACUAAAGGAGGCCUUUCCAAUCUAAAGCUACUCUCAAUUGUCGGGAUGGUGGGUAUAGGAAAGACUACUUUAGCUAAAAGUGUGUAUAAAGAUCCAACGGUCCAAAACCAUUUCGAUGUAUGUGGUUGGGUUACUAUACCUCAAGAAUACAACAAGACCGAAGUACUAGGCCUCCUUCUUCGGUCUAUUUCACCCGGGCCAGAGAGUAAAACUGAAAAGGGAAAACGUAGUACUCCUGAGGAACUGGCAAAGCAGGUAAGGACACAACUGCGCUAUAAAAGGUAUCUAAUUGUUUUGGAUAACAUACAGGAAAUUGGAGCUUGGAAUGAUAUCCAAACAUGUUUUCCUAAUGAUAGCUAUGGAAGUAGUGUAUUGAUAACCACAGGGCACUUCAAUCUCAACCUUGAUUGUAGCUUUUUCUAUACCCAUAACCAUACCCAUAGCUUGAACUUGCUAGAUCCAAAUGAAAGUUGGGAUCUAUUUUGCGACAUUAUUCUCUCUCUUAAAGAGCGAGUGGCACCUGAAUUUGAAAAAAUUAAGAAGCAUAUUCUCGAGAUUUGUGAUGGACUACCAUUGUCAAUUGUUGUAGUUGCAAAGCGUCUGUCUAAAUGUAACAACAUAUUGAAGGAGUGGGAGAAGAUUAGAAAGGAAAUAGAGUCAUUGGGAAUUCUAGAUCGCAAUGCUCUAAUCCACUAUUACAAUCAGUUGCCACAGCAUCUGAAAGUUUGCUUUCUAUAUCUUGGAGUCUUCCCAAAGCGCAAAGAAAUUCGAGUUAAAAAGGUUGUUAGGUUAUGGAUUACUGAAGGAUUUAUAAAGCCAUUGGAGUAUGAUGACUUUGAAAAUCAAGGCUAUGCAUAUUUAAAAGAGCUUAUUGAUAGAAGCCUUGUCUUAAUAUGCAAUUGGAGUUCUGAUGGCAACAUUAAGACUUGUAGGAUGCAUAGUGCCUUACAUAGCUUCUGUGUUGGAGAAUCUCAAAAGGAGGGUAUUUUCUGUGCAAUAAAUACGUUGGAGCACCCAGAGUUGCCAUUAAGUGAGUUUGCAAAUUCGUGUCGCUGGUUAAGUUUAUACACACAUAGUUUCGACUAUUAUGUGUUGUAUAGUACAAACAACCCUCGCUCCAUUUUCUUCUUUGAUGAUGAUCCUAAAACUUUUGUGCCUUUCAAGCUGUUGAGAGUUUUGGCCUUUGUUCCAUCUCCAUUCCUCCAAAGGGUGUCAAUGCAUUUAGGUGAUUUAGUUUUCUUGAGAUAUCUAUCUAUAAGUGAAAGGUAUGAUGGAUUGGGUGAUAUAGUGUCACUUUUAUUGAAUUUGCAAACACUUAUUGUUUCUAGUAAUGAACCACAAAUUGAAGCACCUACCAUCCAUUUGUCACCAAAAAUUUGGGAGUUACCAAAGUUGAGACAUCUUGAACUCGGAGAUAUGUAUAUGGUAGAUCCUCCAAGCGUGGUUAAAAGGAAAUUGCAAACGCUAUGUUCGGUGGUGGAUCCAACGACUCAUUGUUGGAAGGAAGUGUAUUUCCGUUGUCCAAACAUAAAAGAACUGAAAAUUUUCUAUAAAGAAGACUUGGAGGAGCCCAAUCACAACACUUUUGGCAAUCCCAUCAUAUUGGAUGAUGAAUAUUACAGUUUACAACAUCUCGAAAGGCUAACGAUUUCAAUUUGGGUUGGUCGCAUUGUAACCCUUCCCGAGCCAUGUAUGUUUCCUUUACAGUUGAAGAAGUUGACGCUGAGUGGGACUAAUCUUUCCCCUACAAACUUAACAGUAAUUGGCAUGGAAUUGCCCGAGCUUAGGGUGCUCAAGCUCGAAAAUGCCUUAUCGGAAAGAGUAUGGAGAGUGGCUAAAGGAGAAUUCAAUGAAUUAAGAUUCUUACUCCUUGAAGACAAUAGACUUGAGCAGUUGUUAGUUGAACAUAGAUCUUUCCCAAGUCUUGAGCAUCUAGUGCUAAGAGUAUGUUGGUGUUUAGAAGAGAUCUCAGUUGAGUUUGCAGAAUGUUUCAGUCUAGAGUCAAUUGAGUUGGAUAGGUGUAACCCUUCAGUCAUUGCUUCUGCCAAGUUGAUCCAAAAGAUGCCACAGCUUUGGAGGGGAAGUCUUAAGCUCAAAAUUGAUGGGACUGAAUAUUUUGAACCACAGUCAUAUACUCAUGCAGGGGAGUCUGCAGAAGAGGACUGGCCAUAAGGUGUCCUGAGCAAGCUUAGACCGGUCCAAUUAAGGAGCAAAA